AUGGCGGCCCUUGCAGGUCUGCUGGAGUGUCUCCUCUGGCCGGCUCGCAAGGAUGAAGAGGCAGAGAAGGAAGAGGAAGCUGGCGCCCAAGGGCCUCAGUCUCUCCUGGCUGCGCCGCGAUGCUCCCAGAGGCCACACGGGGGUGUGGCAGCAUCGUCCGGCCUGCGCUUCGGAGCCAGCGCAGCGCAGGGUUGGCGAACGCAUAUGGAGGACUCGCACUGCGCUUGGCUCUCCUUACCUGGGCUGCCGCCUGGCUGGGCUUUCUUCGCUAUCCUCGACGGCCACGGAGGGGCGCGAGUUGCCCGCUUCGGCGCGCGCCACCUGCCAGGCCACGUGCUCGAGGAGCUAGGCCCAGCGCCCAGCGAACCCGAGGGCGUGAGCCAGGCGCUGCGCCGAGCCUUCUUGAAUGCCGACGAGCGACUCCGCUCGCUCUGGCCCCGUGGCGAACCCGGCGGCUCCACUGCGGUCGUAUUGCUGGUCUCCCCGCGCUUUCUAUACCUGGCGCACUGCGGUGACUCGCGCGCCGUGCUGAGCCGCGCCGGCGCCGUGGCCUUCGGCACCCAAGACCACCGGCCCCUCCGGCCGCGGGAACGCGAGCGCAUCUACAACUCGGGCGGCACCAUCCGUCGCCGUCGCGUCGAGGGCUCUCUGGCAGUGUCUCGAGCACUAGGCGAUUUUGCUAACAAAGCGGCUCCGGGGAGGCCCCCCGAACUGCAGCUAAUUUCCGCGGAGCCUGAAGUGGCUGCCCUGGCACGCCAGACUGAGGACGAAUUCGUGCUCCUGGCCUCUGACAGCGUGUGGGACGUUACGUCUGGUGCUGCCCUGGUGGGACUGGUGGCAUCGCGCCUCCGUUUGGACCUGGCCCCAGAGCUUCUCUGCGCGCAGCUGUUGGACACGUGUCUGUGCCAGGGCAGCCUGGACAACAUGACCUGCAUCGUGGUUUGCUUCCCAGGGGCUCCCAGGGCUUGUGAGGAGGCCAUCAGGAGGGAGCAUGCGCUGGAUACAGCCCUGGGCCGCAGAGUACCUGAGCUGUGUGUCUCUGCUCAGGAGCCCCCCAGUCUGAAAGUUUUCAGGACUCUGGCCUCGGAGGACAUCCUGGAUUUGCCUCCUGGGGGAGGACUGCACUGCAAGGCUGCAGUCAUUGCUGAAGCUUAUUCUCAGCUCUUCCAGGCCUCAGAAGAAUGUUGGGAGAAGGGGCAGGAUGGGGCUGGGAAGCCCAGCAGUACCCAUUUGAACUCUGCCUUGAACUUGGAGGCCUGAUAGCAGUUGACCUUUGGGGACCCUCAGCUCAACUGGGACCCCAUCAGAACUCAGAAAAAACUGCCCCUUCCCCAGCUAUGUGAACCAGCGGAAGGAAGCAAGCUGAUGGAGGAACCCCAGAAUACUUAUUUCCCCUUCUCCUACUUCUCCCUCACAGAAGAGACUGACUUAUGAGGGGAAAUUCCACCACCUUCUAGACCAAAAAUAACCCAAAACCAAAUGUUUGAAAUACUUAGAGCUGAACAGAUCCUGAGAGAUCACCAGGUUCA